CAACAGCAUCAAAGAUGACAACUACCAAAUCGGAAACAGGUACUCAUGCAACAAGUACAGGACGGACUUCAUUCAGCGUUUCUACCUCAUCGUCCACUGCAGAUAAUAAUAGUUCAACAACGGAAGAACCACAAACAACAUCACUAGUUACAAGUGAACCUGCAGAAUCUUCAUCUUCUACAACUUCACUUGAUUCAUCACAAACUCCUACCAUUUUAACAACAGACAGUAGAGAAUCAACUGCUUCUGCAGACCUUACUAUCACAUCAGCAUCAAAGAUGACAACUAUGAAAUCUGUAACAGGAACUGAUACGAAAAGUACAGUUGUGACAUCAGUCAGCAGUUCUCCAUCAUCUUCCACUGCAGAAAAUAUUGGUUCCACAACAGACGAACCACAUACAACAUCACUAGUUACAAAUGAUCAUGCAGAAUCUUUAUCUUCCUCAACUGCAGUGGAUUCAUCACAAGCGUCUUCUGUUCCAACAACAGACAAUAGAGUAUCUAAUGCUUCUACAGAUGUGACAAUGACAAGAGCAUCAAAGAGGACAACUACGAAUUCUGAAACAGGUACUCAUGGAACAAGUACAGCAAGGACUUCAUUCAGCAGUUCUCCACCGAUUUCCACUGCAGAUAAUAUUAGUUCCACGACAGACAAAGCACAAACAACAUCAAUAGUUACAAAUGGGCCAUCAGAAUCUUUAUCUUCUUCAACUGCAGUGGAUUCAUCACAAACUUCUUCUGUUCCAACAACAGAUAAUAGAGAAUCUACUGCUUCUACAAAUGUGACCAUGACAUCUGAAUCAAAGAUGACAACUAUGAGAUCUGUAACUGGAACUGAUAUGAAAAGAACUGAUACGAAAACCACGGUUGUGACUUCAGUCAGCAGCUCUCCAUCAUCUUCCACUGCAGAAAAUAUUGGUUCCACGACAGACGAUCCACCAACAACCUCACUAGUUACAAAUGAUCCGGCAGAAUCUUUAUCUCCUUCAACUGCAGUGGAUUCAUCACAAACUUCUUCUGUUCCAACAACAGACAAUAGAGAAUCUACACCUUCUACAAAUGUGACCAUGACAUCUGAAUCAAAGAUGACAACUAUGAAAUCUGUAACAGGAAAUGAUACGAAAAGUACAGUUGUGACUUCAGUCAGCAGUGCCCAAUCAUCUUCCACUGCAGAUAAUAUUGGUUCCACAACAGAAAAAACACAAAAAACAUCAGUAGUUACAAAUGAACCAUCAGAAUCUUCUUCUCCUUCCACCGCAGCUGUUUCAUCACAAACUCCUGCCAUUUCAUCAACAGACAAUAGAGAAUCUCCUGCUUCAACAGACGUGACUUCCACAUCAGCAUCAAAGAUGACAACUACCAAAUCUGAAACAGAUACUUAUGCAACAAGUACAGGAAGGACUUCAUUCAGCGUUUUUACCUCAUCUUCCACUGCAGAUAAUAAUAGUUCAACAACGGAAGAACCACAAACAACAUCACUAGUUACAAGUGACCCUGCAGAAUCUUCAUCUUCUACAACUUCACUUGAUUCUUCACAAACUCCUACUAUUUUAACAACAGACAGUAGAGAAUCUACUGCUUCUACAGACGUGACUAUCACAUCAGCAUCAAAGAUGACAACUAUGAAAUCUGUAACAGGAACUGAUACGAAAAGUACAGCAAGGACUUCAUUCAGCGGUUCUACCUCAUCUUCCACUUGGAUUCAUCACAAGCGUCUUCUGUUCCAACAAGAGACAAUAGAGUAUCAACUGCUUCUACAGAUGUGA